ACGUCACAUGUAAACAGCAGCAGCACACCUACGGCCGUAGAGACGCUGGUAGUUCCUCUGCGUUCAGCCAGCUAAAUAUAUGUUACAAAUUAAAAACCGCCUGCGGUACGGCCCGCUGGGUCUCGCUGCUGCCAGGCUGGUCUCCUCAGGCCCCGUCAAGAACCCCGUCGUGUUUCUGGACAUUGAGGCCGACGGCGAACCUCUUGGAAAAGUAAUCAUUGAGCUGAACGCGGAUGUAGUGCCAAAGACUGCAGAAAAUUUCAGAUCCCUGUGCACAGGAGAACAUGGCUUUGGAUACAGAGGCUGCAGGUUUCACAGGAUCAUCCCUGACUUCAUGUGUCAGGGAGGAGAUAUCACCAGCAACAAUGGCACAGGAGGCAAGUCUAUAUAUGGGAAAACAUUCAAAGAUGAGAACUUCAAGAUAAAACACACCGGUCCAGGGACACUUUCGAUGGCAAACUCGGGGCCUCACACGAACGGCUCGCAGUUCUUCAUCUGUACAGCAAAAACCGAGUGGCUGGAUGGAAAACACGUGGUCUUCGGGCAGGUGACGGAUGGCAUGGAUGCAGUCAUGAAGAUGCAGUCCUUUGGUCUACAUGAUGGGGGAGUGCUCAAGACAAUAGUCAUCACUGACUGUGGAGAGAUCAAAUAAAAACCACAGACUGCUCUUGAAUGCAGCAGUUAUGCUUUCACUAUAAUUCACUAUAAUCACUAUAAUUAGGAUUUGUUUAACAGCUAUAUUUAUCUUAAUAUUAAAUUAUCAAGAUAUUGGUCAAAACGGUAACAAUAUGAUUAAUCUCAAGUGAGGAACAUUUAGAAAUGUGUAAAAGAUUUUAUUGAUAUAAUAAUGCAAUAAGUACUGUUGAGACAUAUUCCUGUUAUUGAGAAUUCUGCUCAGUAAAAUACACUAAGAAUACACUUUGUACAAUCUGACUUAUCUAUGCAAUCCAUUUAAUAAAAUCAGAUGGGUUUUUCCACA